AUGCGACAAGAACUACAGCCAUACAGGCCCAACAAUAUCAUUCAGUACCACAAAAUCAUCUUUGACCUCAGAACAACAGAAAAGAUUUCCAAGCACACUCAAGCAAUGACAAGCCUCAUGGACUGUAUCAAACAUAUUGAGUAUGAAUGUGUUGAAAUACUUGUCUAUACUCACUCAGAAACCUUCCAAGGCGACCUUUGGGGCAGGUUCGAAGAGAGUGAGAUCAUAGGAAGGGGGAAGAGUAAAAAAACUAUGCCUGGCAAACCCAUGGUGUACACGGUCGAUCAAUUUUUUGCAGGACUAUUUGUCAGCGGGAUAGAGGACUAUGUUAAGGGUUCCACACUAUGGAUGCUCGCAUGCAGCCAUAUGGUAUGGGAACCUGACACAUUCAAGCUGUUUAAAGACUGUAUCAAACAUUACGAAGUUGAACACACAUUUGCAUUUGGUGCUGAACUUUUUCAUGCAUGCCUCACUACACCAUUAAUCACUUCCUAUGUUGAGCAUGUCCUCAUCGAAGGUUUCGAGGUGCAGGAGGUCAUGCAAGACCUCCUCCUAGCAUGCCCUUGGCUUGCCAACCACUCAUCUAUAAUCCAUUUGCAUGUUGCGAACAGUGCCUUCCAUCAUCGUCGACCCACCAUGGCCGAGUACAAGCAGGGAGUGAUAUGCAUUCCGGGAGAACAACCACCCAUUCGGCAAAGCUUUGCCCUACCAAUGUUCCAACUGUAUUGCAUCACCUCCCACCCAUCCGUGCUGAACAAAAGCAAGUUCACAUGCAAGAACUUGAAAUGUGGUCACACCAUCACUUACACAAUGCCCAAGCAGCCACACAUCAUCCUAUUCUCCAAAGGUCAUUGUGGGACAAGUACUAUGAGUGGCCAGCACAUCAUAAUAGUACUCACAAUGAUUAAUUUUAAGUAUCCUCCCAACUCAAUAAAUUCUUGA